AUGGCGAUAGCGAGACCAAUUCGAAUGCUGGGCCUGGCAGCUAUAUGCCUGUGGGUGUUCUUCUUAUACGAGGUCUUUGGACCUGCGAAGCCUGCAUCGCCAUCCAAAAUUAUGGAUCAGGAGCCUCUUCUUGAUUAUACUGGAGAACCUGAAGGAGCCCCGUUAUGGCGAGCAGAGAAAGGAUACGGACUUGGCGCUGAGGGCACAAACCGAAUCAAUGCGACUCUCCUAUCUUUAGUUCGAAACGAGGAGAUUGAAGGGAUGGUACAAGCAAUGAGAGAUCUCGAACGGACGUGGAACUCAAAAUUCAAUUAUCCGUGGACCUUUUUUAACGAUGUGCCAUUCACGGAGGAAUUCAAGACACGGACACAGGCAGAGACGAAAGCAGAGUGCAAAUAUGAAUUGAUCCCAAAAGAACACUGGGAAGUCCCCUCUUGGAUUGACGAAGAGAUUUUCCAGGAAUCAGCCAAAAUCCUGAAAGAACAAGACAUCCAGUACGCGUCCAUGAAGUCCUACCACCAGAUGUGCAGAUGGAACAGCGGCCUAUUCUAUAAGCAUCCAGCUCUAGAAAAUACACAAUACUACUGGCGAGUAGAACCGAAAGUACACUUUUUCUGCGAUGUCGAUUACGAUGUUUUCCGAUACAUGCAGGACAACAACAAGACAUACGGAUUCACAAUUAACCUCUACGACGCGCCGAAAUCAAUCCCCACGUUAUGGCCAGAAACGGUCAAAUUUCUGGCCCAACAUCCAGAAUACCUCCAUGACCAAAACUCGAUGCCGUGGUUGGUAGAUACUGAGCGGAGACCAGAUCACAACAUGAAGGCAAACGGGUACUCGACCUGUCAUUUCUGGUCCAAUUUCGAGAUUGCAGAUAUGAGUUUCUGGCGGAGUCAGGCGUAUGAGGAUUAUUUCAAUCAUCUAGACCGCGCGGGAGGGUUUUUCUAUGAGAGAUGGGGUGAUGCUCCCGUGCACAGUAUUGCGUUGGGCCUGUUUGAGGAUUCGAGCAAGAUUCAUUGGUUCCGUGAUAUCGGAUACCAGCACAUCCCGUAUUUCAACUGUCCCAACUCUCCCAAAUGCAAAGGCUGCAUGACUGGCCGUUUCACAGACGGAGAGUCGUGGUUAAUGAAAGAAGACUGCAGGCCGAAUUGGUUUAAAUAUGUCGGAACGGGCUAG